CAGACCUGGAGAUAAAGACCAUCGUUAGUUUCACACAACAUAGCCAUGAUCCACAGGAUCAGUCUGUAGCAGUGGCAAAGCUGCGUUCAGCCAUGAAGGAGCGUGCUGGCACAUCACGUGGUACACUUACUCAGCUCCUAGUCGAUUCCAUCAGUGACACACCUGUAGAUGUACGCGCAGAACUCGGUAAACCUGAUCACAUCAAACGUGCACUGCGUCGAGAACGGGCUAAACAUAUGCCCAAGAACCCCACUUCGCUCCGUGAUCUCAUGCUAGAUGAUGAAUGGACCACUUCAAGUGAUGGAGACAGAUUUCUCAUAUAUGACAACGGUGUGGAUUCCUCUGAUCGUAUGUUAGUGUUCGGGACUGAUGACGGAUUACGUCACCUUGCCAGUUCUGAGUCAUGGUUUAUGGAUGGAACAUUCACUGUUGCUCCACUGUUGUUUACUCAGCUGUAUGUGAUUCGUGUUCCACUCGGUGAGUCAGCUGUGACGUGUGUGUAUGCAUUUCUACCAAACAAGCACCAAUCCACAUAUGAGGAACUAUUCAUAUCAAUUCAGGAUCGCUGCAGGCUGAUCCUGUAA